GGGGCGAUAACGCGUUUCCCUUCUUCAACAUCCGCAAUGGAUCAUGGUCCUCCUCCUAAACGACAACGCAGGUCGACAAAAACUGAUCAAUCUUCUAAAUCAUCAAAUUCAACUUCCAAACUUCCCUCGCGCCAAAAAUCCUCCGCGCAACCCCCUUCCUCCCCAGUAUCAUCCGAACCAUCACCACCGAAGCCGAAGUCCAAGUCCCUACACAACUUCUUUCAACCCGCAACUGAAGGCCAACGCUGGUCCUCUCAGAAAUUCGAUACUAAAAAUACGAGGAAUUCUAAAUCUGUCAAAUUUGAAAGAUUCGAAGCAAAGCGACCACUAUCCACAGCAGAAUCAUUAGAUGUAGACGAGAUCGAAGAUGAUUACGAUUCAUACGAUGAGAUCUUCACCCAACACAUCGCCAGUCAAUCCAUUCCCUCUCGAUCUACCUCAAUUGCCUCGAAAAAUGUUCCAUCCAACUCCUUACCCGCAAAGCCCAAGGCGCCCGCGCGUCGGGGUCCAACAAAGCGAUUCAUCAUGCCGAUAGAACCCAAGGACCGAGCGCGAUCGCCCUCUCAAAUCGUAGACGAUAUUGAUACUCGUCCGUGGUCUCAGCGAUUCGCCCCGUCAAAUUUAGAUGAGCUGGUAGUCCAUAAAAGGAAGGUUGCGGAUGUACAGCGAUGGCUGGAAGAUGCCUUUGCGGGGAGAUGCAGAGAGAAACUCCUGGUUCUAAGAGGUCCCGCAGGUUCCGGCAAGACAACGACCAUUUCCAUCCUCGCCGACACCCUUGGAUUCGAUAUCGUUGAAUGGAGAAAUCCAGCUGUAUCCGCAUUCACAGCACAGGACUACGUAUCGAUCGGAGCACAAUUCGAGGAAUAUCUGGGUCGUGGCGAACGCUUUGGUGGACUAGAUCUAAAGGAUGACAAGGCGAAAGUGCAUACUCGCGACAAGCGCAUUCUCUUGGUGGAGGAAUUCCCGGUGUUGAACUCGACCUCUGCUCUAUCAGCAUUCCGGACUUCUAUUCAGCGGUAUCUUGCAGCUGCUAGUGAUUAUGCGCUCGGAGCAAUGCACCCUCCUAUCGUGAUGAUCGUAUCAGAAACCCUGCUCGGUUCUGCAUCAUCGAUAUCAGAUAACUUCACCGUUCAUCGAUUGCUAGGUCCGGUGUUAUUCACACACGCUAGCACGAAAAUCAUCGACUUUAAUAGCGUCGCCCCAACAUACAUGCAAAAAGCCCUCACAUUGAUCCUGGAGAAAGAGGCGCGCAACUCCAAGCGAUCGCGAAUCCCUGGUCCAGCGGUACUAGAAACCAUCGCCGAGAUUGGCGAUAUUCGCAGUGCGGUCUCUUCUCUCGAGUUUCUAUGCCUGAAAAACGAGAAUAGCCAGAGCGGGUGGAGUGGGACUUUCAUAAAAACUAAGGGGAAAAAAGCUCCCAAGGAUAUGACACCCAUGGAGGAAGAGUCUCUUAAGAUGAUCUCUCAACGAGAGGCUAGCUUGGGAAUCUUUCAUGCAGUGGGGAAGAUCAUGUAUAAUAAACGUCUUGACCCGAGUCUGGUUCCCCCAGGAACUACUGUUCUCCCUUCGCCUCCUGAGUAUCUUCCCGAGCAUCGUCGCAGCAAAGUCUCACAAGUAGCAGUUGAUGAUCUAGCGGACGAGGCAGGCACUGACAUUACUACAUUUAUCUGUGGACUUCAUGAGAACUAUCCAACAUCAUGUCACGGAUCCUCAUUCACAGAUCAUCUCAAUGCAUGUAUUGAGGCAUUAUCAGACAGCGACAUUCUCAGUACAGACCGUCCUUCACGCGGUGUACGAGGGGGAACAGGGACGGGGAUGUAUUUGGGAUCUGGUGUUGACAAACUACGACAAGAUGAUAUUAGUUUCCAAGUUGCAGCACGAGGUCUACUAUUCGGUCUACCAUAUCCUGUUAACCGGCAAUUGAAGGGUAGUGAUGGAGGUCGAUUGGGAGAUGCGUUCAAGAUGCUAUAUCCAAAAUCCCUACGAUUAUGGAGAAAAGCGGAAGAAAUCGACGGAAUGGUGGAUUCAUGCAUGAAGCAGAUGCUUGACCCAUCAAGUCAUCCACAUCUAUCACAGACUCAAUUGACUGGAGUGAAAUCCUGGCGAAGUCUACGAAUUGGACAUGUCGGAGGUAGUGAACAGGCAGUGACGAUGUUAUCUCGGUCUGAGGCGUUGCUGUACCAGUUUCCUUAUAUGGCUCAGAUUCAGCGUGAUGGACCUAAUUCCUGGCAUCUCAAUCAGUUUACCAAGAUUCAGAGUAUUCGGUUUGAUCUGAAUGAGGAUGAGGAUGAUCCUGUUUCUCCACCAUUAUCACGUCCUCGUACGGUUGGGCCUCGACAGGAAGAGAAGGAAGAGAAGUUGAUUCUGAGUGAUGAUGAUAUUGAGGAUUGA